AUGCCUGCAUCGAAUCCCAGUUCUGGGCCCAACUCUAUAUACAUUAUCGCUUGUAUUUUGUUAACCUGCCAGCUUGCUGGCGGGGCCUGCCUCGCAUCGUACUUACUCCUCCCUGAAUCAGAGAACUCAUCCUCGUUAGCCAUUGCAGGGGUCGCAUUGGUUUGCCUUCCAUGGGUGUUUUGGACAUUCACAUUCUUAUACCGAAUCUUGUCACGUACAUUUGGGUUUAGACUUGGAACUGGUGGGGCUGGUUGUGGGGGAGGGAAUUUCCCCAAUGUCCCUAAGAAUGCCAAUUCAGGAUCUGGUGAAGGAACUGAUCAAGGCGGUCCUAAUGGGUUGAAAAGGGCAUUAUCUGUUGCUUCUCAUGAGAGUGAAAUGCCAUUGAAUAUAUGGUCUCAUGGAUGGCAUGCCACAUAUGAUGCAUUUACAGUUGCACAUCGUCUUGAAGAUGGCCCUGCUCUGAAUCCAUAG